GGUUCUUUCAAAAGAUUUGUUGUAAAAACUGCGAAGGAAGACGAAAAAAUGCCGGGAAAAGUGGCUGCAAAUCCUCUUCCUCCCAGCACUAAACAACCCGGUCUUGCUCAAUCCUUACUCUACAGUGGUUCUAGAUUCCAAGGACAUCAAAAAAGUAAAGGAAAUCGUUACGAUGUAGAAGUUGUAUUACAGCAUGUGGACGACGAGAAUGCCUUCCUCUGUGGAUAUCUAAAGAUAAAAGAGUUAACAGAGGAAUUUCCUACAUUGACGACAUAUUUUGAUGGAGAAGUUAUAGGAAGGAAACAUCCUUUCCUGACAAGGAAAUGGGAUGCUGAUGAAGAUGUGGACAGAAAACAUUGGGGAAAAUUCCUGGCUUUUUAUCAAUUUGCAAAAACUUUCAACUCGGACAGCUUUGACUAUUCUCAGCUGGAUAAUAUAGAUUUCGUCUUUAUGAGAUGGAAAGAACAGUUCUUAGUCCCUGACCACAAGAUCAGAGACAUCAGCGGUGCCUCUUUUGCAGGCUUCUACUAUAUUUGUUUACAAAAAUCAACUGCAACCAUCGAAGGAUACUAUUAUCAUCGAAGCUCAGAGUGGUUCCAGUCACUCAACCUUACACACAUUCCAGAUCACAGCCAACCUAUUUAUGAAUUCCGAUAACAGUGRCACAUCAUUUGCCAAGUAUAAUGUCAAAGCUAUGAAAUGAAGGACUUUCUUUGUUGAGAGAUAUUUUAUAGUGGUGAAUUAGUAUGUGCCGGCAGUUCUUAUUAGACAGUAACRUGCCUACAAAAUGAAGGACAUCAUAGGCAUCGUCUGAGAUAGRUGAACAAGGUGCAUUGUGGUAUAGCUUGAGUGCAAACAUGUUCUUUUCAUCAUGACUUCUAAUGUGGAUCGCACCCCAGCUAGACCACAAUGCACCUUGUUUGUCUAAUUCAGAAAAUGUCUGACACCAGUGUGCGUAGCAGUUUGGAAGGGGUGUCAUAAUUUAAGCCAAUGUACAUAGUAAUAAUUAAUCUUACUUUAGGGAAGACAAAUGAUUUACUAAAUUCAGAACCGUAUCCUAAAUUUCUUGAAAUUAUGAAUAAUGUAUUGUAAAAAGCCAAGAUAGAUGAUGAUUGAAAAUAUAGAAAAAUGGAAUUGUAAAUGUAUUGUUUUCUUAAAAGAUGAUAUGCAGACACCCAUUUGUGGAUGCCUAAUAUAGAGUUAUUUCAGCCUUCUACACAGAUGUCAACUCCUUAGGGUCAUGGCGUUAGGCAUUACUUGAUCAGUAAUAGCGCAGCACAACCRACRUCAUAAAAACGAAGACAAAGGCAAAAUUCAGACAAACAAACUUACAAGUUUACUUUCAGCAGAUAACUUUCACAGCUGAUUGCAGUUGAUCUUAGUUUACAUGGGUUAUUAUUGUAACUUUAAGUAAAAAUAAUAAAAUCGGUUCGUAUAAUCCUUGUAGCGGUUAAACAGAAUGCAAUGUUUGUCCGAAUCUUUAAGCUAUUUUUAGAAUCAGUGCGCUGCGCUAUUGGUGCCAAAGACAGUAUUGUUCAAUGCCUUCAAAGUUUAACAAUCAGUGAUAUGAGAUUCGUUGUUUAAUUUUUUUAAUCUCUAAUCUGUGUGCAGUUGAACCUGCUUUUAUUUCUGACUGGGGUUUUAUUCCAUCUACACGUAGGCUCCUUACAUCAAGUCAAGCUAAUAACAAUCAGAAACAGCAUCAAAAAUAGUAGCAAUAUCACUGGUCUUCUAUCUAGUUGCCUUGCUUGAUGUUGCCAUAGUUACUGUUGCUAUAGCAACAUUUCAAAUCUAUGUUUAUAUUAAUUUAUGUUGGGUGUAUGGUAUAUUAAUAGGACUACUGGUAUAUUAUAAGUUCAUAGCUUUAAAUUUUCUUUGCAUAAAAUGACAGGCUAAGCUACUACCAUUAAUAUUAUUAUCAUUAUUAAUAAAAUACUUCGUAUUUAA